UUCUGGCUGUAGAAAUAAUGAGUGACAGUGGAGAGGGGGACGAGGAAUUCCAGUUCUUAAGAACGGGAGAUGAGGUAGUGUUGCAGAGUACCUUCACCUGCCAAGAGGAACAUCUGAAGGUCUGUCUGGCUGCUGAAGGAUUUGGAAGCAGACUCUGCAGGCUUGAGCCCACUUCGAACUGCAAGAAUGUUCCACCAGAUUUGUCUGUAUGUGGCUUUGUUCUGGCGCAGUGUCUCUCCGUCCGAGCCCUGCAGGAAAUGCUGGCCCAGAGUGUGCAACCUGCUACAGAGGUGGGAGCUGGAGGAAGCCAUCGCACUCUGCUCUAUGGCCAGGCAGUGCUGUUCCUGCACUCCUACAGCAGCAUGUAUCUCAGCUGCUUGUCCUCAUCUCAGUCUUCAACUGACAAGUUGGCUUUUGAUGUUGGUCUGCGGGAGGAUCAUACAGGGGAGGCGUGUUGGUGGACUGUCCAUCCAGCAUCAAGACAGAGGUCAGAGGGCGAAAAGGUGCGAGUUGGAGAUGACCUUAUUCUCAUCAGUGUCUCUGCAGAGCGAUAUUUGCACCUGUCUUAUGGACCUGUAUCAGACAAUAAGAGUCUGAGCGACAGUCUAAUCGUCAGUGCAGCCUUUCAGCAGACUCUGUGGAGUGUUGCUCCCAUCUGCUCCGGGGGAGCAGUUGCUCAAGGAUACCUGAAGGGGGGUGAAACUUUUCGGCUGCUCCACAGCCAUAGUGAUGCAUGUCUGACUGUUCCAUCUAGAGACCAGGAAGAGGAAGUUCAAAGGAUAAUGCAUUAUGAAAUUGGAUCAGUCUCCAGCCAUGCCCGCUCUCUCUGGAGGCUGGAAAUCCUGCGUGUUGUCUGGAGUGGCAGACAUACAUGCUGGGGUCAGCCGUUUAGAUUGUGCCAUGUGACUACCGGGAGGUACCUGGGUCUCACAGAAGAGAGAGGCUUACAUCUGGUUGAUCGGGAGAAAGCUGAUGUCGACACAAGCUCCUUCUGUUUCAGAUCAUCAAAGGAAAAGCUUGAUUCUGUCACCAAGAGCAAUGCUGAUGGCAUGGGAAACCCAGAGAUUAAGUACGGAGACUCUGUUUGCUAUGUUCAACAUGUGUAUUCUGGGCUCUGGGUGACCUACCAAGCUGCUGAUACCAAGAGUCACAUGGGAGGUGCUCAGAGAACGGCUAUUUUGCACAGUGAGGGUCAUAUGGACGAUGGACUAACGCUAUCUCGUUCCCAAACGGAAGAAUCUCACACUGCUAGAUUGAUUCGGAGCGCUAUUCUCCUGUUCACUCGCUUUAUAAGGAAACUGGGAGGUGUCAGCCAAGAAGGAAAUCUUUCCUCCAUCACACUGCCGAUGAAGAUAAUAACAUGCAGUCUCCAGGAUCUCAUCAACUAUUUCCAGCCUCCACUGGAGGGACUAAGCCAUGAAGCCAAACAGAAAAACAUAACAAGGCUAAAGAAAUGGCAGAAGAUGUUUCAAGAAGAGGGUGUGAUAGAUUUGGUCCUAGAUUGUAUAGACCAUCUACACCAAAACAGUGAUGCCUCCCAUUUUGCUGACACUGCUCAGAGUGAUUCAGAUGAAAAGUGGGAGUUCAUUCUCAGCUCUUUUUACGAGUUACUAGCUGCUCUCAUCCGGGGAAACCAAGCGAACUGUGCACGAUUCUCAGGUUCUGUAGACUGGCUGAUUAGCAAGCUAGACCGGCUGGAGGCCUCAUCUGGUGUCUUGGAGGUUCUACACUGUGUCCUAUUGGAGAGUCCUGAGGCACUAAAUGUCAUCAAAGAAGGACAUAUUAAGUCCAUCCUCUCAUUUUUAGACAAGCAUGGACGCAACAACAAGGUGCUGGAGGUGCUGUGCUCUUUGUGUGUCUGCCGUGGCGUGGCAGUGUGCUCCAAUCAGAACAUCAUCUGUGACAGCCUGCUGCCAGACAGAGAUUUGCUACUCCAAACACGUCUGGUAAAUCAUGUCAGCAGCAUGAGACCAAACAUUUUCCUGGAUAUGGGAGAGGCUUCAGCCCAGCAUCGGAGGUGGUAUUAUGAGUUGGUUGUGGAGCGUAUUGACCCCUUUCUUACAUCAGAACCAACACACUUGCGUGUUGGCUGGGCCUGUACUACAGGCUAUCAGCCCAGGCCAACAGGAGGAGAGGGCUGGGGUGGAAACGGUGUCGGGGAUGAUCUCUGCUCGUAUGGUUUUGAUGGACUGCAUCUCUGGUCGGGCUGUGUAGGACGCAAAGUCAGCUCUCCAUUCCCACACCUGCUGAAGGAUAAUGAUGUCGUUAGUUGCUGUCUUGACCUCACUAUUCCCUGCAUAUCUUUCCGGGUCAAUGGUCUGCCGGUGCAGGGCAUGUUGGAGAACUUCAGCGUUAAUGGACUUCUUUUUCCUGUGAUCAGCUUUUCUGCUGGAGUCAGGGUUCAUUUUCUGUUGGGUGGACGACAUGGAGAAUUUCGCUUCCUUCCCCCACCCGGUUAUGCUUCAUGCUCUGAGGCUCUGCUUCCCAAAGUCAAGCUGAAGGUUGAGCCAUGUCAGAAAUACGCCUUAGAUCGUGGAGAAGGAAAAAAGAAGCUUUUUGGCCCCUUAGUGCCAGUCACUCCAGUUACCUUUACUCCGACACCAAUUGACAUCAGUAAGUUUGUAUUACCACCACAACUUGAAGACAUACGAGAAAAAAUGGCAGAGAAUAUUCAUGAACUCUGGGUAAAAGACAAGAUUGAUCUCGGAUGGACACAUGGACCAAUCAGAGAUGAAGGUAAAAGGCAUGAUCCCUGUUUGGUGGAUUUCCAAAAGCUGCCAGAUCAGGAGAGAAACCACAACCUUCAGGUCGCUCAGGACACCCUCAGGACUCUACUUGCCCUCGGGUUCCACAUAAUUUUGACGGAUGACCUCGCUGAGGAUCGGGUCGAAUACACAAGACUUCAUUCUAAGUACGAGCUGUUAAAUGGGUACAGGCCUGCUCCAAUAGACCUGAGCCAGGUUAUUCUCAGCUCAUCCGAUGAAGACGUGGUUGACUUACUGGCGGAAAAUGAACACAAUGUAUGGGCCAGAGAUCGUAUCAGACAGGGCUGGACCCACGGAGUCCAACAGGAUUUAAAAGCAAAGCGGAGUCCACACCUUGUGCCUUACAGCCUUCUCGAUGAGAAGACAAGGUUAAUGGGCAGGGAGAGAGUCAGAGAGGCGGUCGGUACCCUGCUGGCAUUCGGCUACAGCCUUGAGCCCCUCAGCCAGGAACGGACCACAUUAUCAAAGCCAUCCCUCUUCUCUUCGGAGAAGUACAGAGUGUUCAGGCCAGAUAAAUCAUACGCUGUGACCGGAGGGAAGUGGUAUUUUGAAUUUGAAGUACUGACUGAGGGGUGUAUGAGAGUGGGCUGGGCCCGACCAGGCUGUACUCCAGAUAAAGAGCUCGGCUCAGAUGACCAGGCAUAUGUGUUUGAUGGAUCUGAGGGUCAGUGGUACCAUCAGGGUGGUGAGCCCCUGGGACGGCCAUGGCUCAGAGGCGAUGUGGUGGGCUGCUUGGUGGACAUGGUCGAAAGCACCAUGAUGGUCACGCUCAAUGGAGAGCUGCUGUUUAAUGACAGAGGAGCAGAGCUAGCUGCCAAGGACUUUGAUAUCAGAGAUGGCCUCUUGCCUGUUGUGAGUGUUGGGCUGAACCAGGUAGCAAGGCUGAACCUGGGCCAACAAGUAAAUUCCCUGCAGUAUUUUUCUGUAUGUGGCCUGCAAGAGGGUUAUAAACCUUUUGCGUCCAAUAUGGCGAGCUACCCUGCUCUGUGGAUGAGUUGGAAACAGCCACAGUUUACCUCCAUAUCGCCCAAUGAUCACAGCUACCAGGUUACACGGGUCAGUGGCUCAGUAGAUUCCUUAUCCAGCCUGAGAGUCUCUCAGCGGCUGUCGGCAAGCCACGGCACUGGGAGUGAGAUGGCUUUCUUUCGGCUCAGCAUGCCCGUUGAAUGUGCUGCCGUCCUCAGGAGCCCUGCAGAGGGCACGCUUCCAGGGCCUUCCAACUCUCUAACUCCAAGUUCAGGGAAAAAAGAGCAGGAGGACAUUGACUCUGACUUUGAAGUUCUGAUGAAGUCAGCACACAGUUUUGCUGGCUCAAGAGAUGAACUCAAUCAUAAGGAUCAUAGCCAUGACAAAACAUCCAAAUUGAAACAACGAUUCAUGCUGAAGAAGACUAAACCGGGCUUGGUCAGCAGCAAUUCAUCCGCACGGCUUCUUGAAGAUGUUGUAGUUGACAAAGAUAACUAUGAUCAGCUUAUCCUAUCCUCCAGAUAUUAUUACUCAGUAAGGGUUCUUCCAGGCCAAGAGCCGUUCAACGUCUGGGUCGGCUGGGUGACCUCUGACUUUCGCCAGCAUGAUGUGACAUUUGACACAGACAAUGUCCACACUGUGACUGUCACGCUUGGAGAUGAGAGUGGCAAAGUUCAAGAAAGCGUGAAGCGAUGCAACUGUUACAUGGUUUGUGCCGGGGAGGCAACAGGCUUGUCUCAGAGUCGAAGAAGUGCAGGGUUGGAAAUUGGCUGUUUGAUUGACACGGCUACAGGAUUGCUCACCUUUACCUCAAACGGCGUGGAGAUGUCUACUCUCUAUCAAGUGGAGGCAUGCACAAAGCUGUUUCCUGCUGUUUUUGUCGAACCCACUUCUAGCCACAUGUUUCAGUUUGAACUUGGGCGCAUAAAGAAUGUGAUGCCACUGUCAUCAGGUUUGCUUCGUAGUCAAAGAGGAAAUCCUACGCCUCAGUGCCCUCCGCGGAUUCAGGUCCAAAAUCUGAUCCCAAAUUCAUGGACAAGAGUCCCAGACAGUGUUUUAAAUGUGUUGGUAGACCAUCCAGAUGAGCGCAAUGGCUGGAGAAUCCAGUGCUGUGAGCCUCAACAAGUCAUGACCCUUCAGAUCCCUGAUGAAAGCAGGUGUAUUGACAUUUUGGAACUGGCUGAACUUGAUGACCUCUUCACGUUUCACCACAAUACCCUCCUCCUCUACUGCUCCUUAUGUGCACUUUCCAACACCAGAGUUUGCCACGCGCUUUGCAGUUAUGUGGACCAGUCGCAGGUCCUUUAUGCUAUUCAGAGUCCUCGCCUUUGCGGCCCGCUUCGCACUGCAUAUUAUCAGCUGCUUAUUCAGGUCUACUUGAGUAGCCACAUGACAGCAUGCCUCAAGAUGAACCAUGAAUACAUCGUUCCAAUGACUGAUCAAGCCAGAGAAGUCUCCCUUUAUCUCAGACCUCUUGAUAGUGCUCUUGAUGGAGGGAAUGGCCAAAUACUAGGGGGGAUUCCCAGCACAGGUUCUAGCACAUCCCUUAAACCUCAGAUGCAUUUUUCAUCUCCUUGUUUUAUCAGAGAUGAUGGGAUGGAAGGAGAAGUUGCAGCUGAAAACACAGAUAGUCCAGAAAUCCCUCUGGACGUAUUGAAGAAUCUGACACUGGAUAUGCUGACUGCUGGAGCUUUAGCUGUGGGCCAGUCCGUCAGGGAUCCUGCGGGAGGCAAGGUUGAACUUCUCCUCGUUCCUCUAUUAAAGCUGUUGUACAGCCUCCUGGUUAUGGGGCUGUUUGGAGAUGAAGACCUAGGAAAGGUUGUUAGACUGAUGGACCCAGGUAUGUUCUCAUUGAAGGCCAAUAGCCUCAAGGAAGACGAGGAGGAUGAGGAUGCUAGAAAUGGUGAACAAGAGGCAAAUGGGAGCGACAAAAAAGAUGAAACCAUUAAACAAGGACUUCUUCAAAUGAAGCUUCCAGAAGCUGUCAAGCUUGAGCUGUGCCAUCUGCUGUCCUACUUGAGUGAUUGCCAGGUGCGCCACAGGGUAGAAGCUGUGAUUGCAUUCUCUGACAACUUUGUGCAUCAGCUGCAGGAGAACCAGCGUUUACGUUACGCUGAGGUUAUGCAGGCUCUCAACAUGUCUGCAGCACUCACUGCUCGCAAGACCAAGGAGUUUCGCUUACCUCCACAGGAACAGAUGAGUAUGUUGCUAAGCUUCAGAGAGAAUGAACAGGAAGACAACUGUCCAUGUCCAGAGGAAAUCCAGCAGCUCCUACAAGACUUCCAUCACCUGCUCAACAGAGACUGUGGCACCGAAUUUGAUUUUGACUCAGAGGAAGAUGAUGAUUCAGAAAUGUCCUUGAAAGAUCAUCUUUUUAAUGUAGUGGCAAGAGUUACGAGAUUUAAGCGGACACCCACAGAAAUGGAGAAUCACAGACCACAUGGUCCCAAGUCCCUCAAAAGGUUGAUAUCAGAGACGAUGGUGUGCUGGGCUCAGGAGAAUGAGAUUGAAGACCCUGAACUGGUUCGAGCUAUUUUCUCAUUGCUGCAGCGUCAGUACCAAGGCCUCAAUGGACAAAUGGAAGAAUCUCUCUCAAAGGCAUAUACGAUCAGCCAGACUUCAGCAGAGGAUGCCAUGGCGCUCUUAUCCUCCCUAGGCCAAAUCCGCUCGCUCCUCAGUGUCCGCAUGGGCAAAGAGGAAGAGAAACUGAUGAUGAGAAAACUUGGAGAUAUCAUGAAUAAUAAACUUUUCUAUCAACAUCCUAACUUAAUGAGGGCAUUGGGGAUGCACGAGACUGUGAUGGAAGUGAUGGUCAACGUUCUGGAUGAGGGAGGGUCAAGGGACAUUGCCUUUCCCAAGAUGGUGGCAAGCUGCUGUCGUUUCCUGUGUUACUUUUGCCGCAUCAGUCGUCAAAAUCAGGGAGCAAUGUUUGACCACCUCAGUUACUUACUGGAGAACAGCAGUGUUGGGCUAGCGUCACCAUCCAUGCGUGGCUCCACUCCCCUUGAUGUGGCAGCAGCAUCCGUUAUGGAUAAUAACGAGUUGGCUCUAUCGCUGAGGGAACCCGAGUUGGAGAAGGUGGUUCAGUACCUUGCUUGCUGUUGUCUUCAGAGCUGUCCAAUUCUAGUGGCAAAAGGCUACACUGAUAUUGGCUGGAACCCUGUAAACGGAGAGCGUUAUCUGGACUUUCUACGUUUUGCCGUCUUCUGCAAUGGUGAAAGUGUGGAAAACAAUGCUUAUGUGGUGUUGCGGUUGUUGAUCCGUCGGCCUGAGUGUUUUGGCCCUGCACUUAGGGGUGAUGUGGGUAAUGGACUCCUGGAGGCAAUGAUGGAAGCAAUCAGCAUCUCUGAGGACGCUUCUUUGGAUGGACCUUUCCCCAAUCACCAGUCCCCAAGAGCACAAGACGCUGUGCAGGACAAUGAUGAUGACCUUAUUCACAUGGGGCACGCCAUCAUGACCUUCUACUCAGCUCUUAUUGACUUGCUCGGGCGUUGUGCUCCAGAGAUGCAUUUAAUUCAAGGAGGCAAAGGAGAAGCCAUCCGCAUCAGGGCCAUUCUGAAAUCACUCAUCCCUAUUCAGGAUCUUGAAGGAGUCAUCAGCAUCCCCUUUCAGCUGCCUUCACUGUCUAAAGAUGGCUUGCUGGUUGAGCCUGACCUGCCUACAGUAUUCUGCCCAGACCACAAAGCUGCUAUGGUUCUGUUCCUGGAUCGGGUUUAUGGGAUUGAGAACCAGAGUUUUCUUCUUCACCUUUUGGAAGUUGGCUUUCUACCUGACAUUCAAGCAGCUGUGUCUCUUGACACUGCCGACCUAGGAUCCACUGAUAUGGCCCUGGCCCUCAAUAGAUAUUUGUGUACAGCCGUUCUUCCCCUGCUCACCAAAUGUUCAUCCCUUUUCCACGACUUAGAGGAUCAUAUUUUGCUGGUCGAUUCUCUCAUCCAAGCCAUCUACCGGCUCUCGAGGGCUCUUAGCUUGACCAAGGCUCAGAGAGACAGGACUGAGGACUGCUUAUUGGCUUUGUGCAGUAAACUCCGUCCAUCUGUGAUGCAGCCUCUUCUCCGCCGGCUUGUCUUUGAUGUUCUUCGUCUCACAGACCACAGCAAAAUACCACUGAAGCUCUUAACCAAUCAUUACGAGCAGAGGUGGAAGUAUUACUCCCAAGCUGGCAGGCAGGGUGACCAGCUUUUGGCCUCUGAGGAGGAACUCCACCUGUCUAGGAAGCUGUUCUGGGGGUUGUUUAAGGCCUUGGCUAAGACGUCCUACAUGGCUCAGUUGUUGUGUGUGCAGUGCCUUGUUGCAGUAGCCAAAGCCUUGCCCCCCGACCAUGUGGAGCCAGGCGGCUUGUCUCAAAUGGAGAGAAUGUCCUCCAUGGAUACAGAUGGACACUUUGACCCCCAGCCCGUGGUUACCUCCAAUGUUUCUGUGCCAGAGGGACUGGAGUUUGUAGUGAACAAGUAUGCAGAGCACACUCAUGAGAAGUGGUCUCUUGACAAGUUUGCCAAUGGCUGGGUUCAUGGUGAGCAGCGAUGUGAGAACACUAAGGUUCAUCCUCUCCUCAAGCCAUACAGGGCUCUGUCUGAGAAGGACAAGGAUGCAUAUCGAUGGGCCAUCAAAGAGACGAUAAAAAGUAUGUUGGCCUUCGGUUGGACCAUAGAGAGGACCAAAGAUGGAGAUACGUCAGGCAUGCAUGCCUGCACAUCCAGGCUCUCUCAGACUGGACAGCUGUCUUUUGAGGGAGCAUCAACCUUUAGCCCGAAACCUUUGGACAUGAGCAGCAUCACCUUAUCUUGGGAACAGUGUGCUAUGGCUGAACAGUUGGCUGAAAACUACCACAAUGCCUGGGCAAAGACAAAAAAAUUAGAACUUGACAGUAAAGGGGGUGGCCAUUCAAUGCUCGUACCCUUUGAUACGCUGACGGCCAAAGAAAAGACCAAGUUCAGAGAAAAAGCCCAGGAAAUAUUAAAGUUCCUUCUGCUCAAUGGCUACACUGUAUGGAGAGAUCGAAAGAUAGUGGAAAUGGACUUCCCAGCUACGGCCAACUGCUUUGGAUUUGCUUUCCUGCAGCGAAUGCUGUCUCACACUGAGGAGGUGCAGGAGAACAUGCUGAAGCUUGAGGUGAUACAAGCCAGAAGACAGAUCUCAAAAGGAGAGAGAGCUCCAGACCAGCAACCAAUCAUUUUCUUUCAAAAGGUUGUCCUUCCACUUGUGGAACAGUUUAUGAAACUCCAUCGUCUGUAUUUCCUGUCCAUUUCUGUUGGCUCCAGUGAAAAUCGAAGCCAUGCCUCAAAAAAGGAAAAGGAGAUGGUUGCAUGCCUCUUUUGUAAGCUUGCAGCUCUUGUAAGAGACAGGAUUUCACUUUUUGGGAGUGAUACCUCAUCAGUUGCAAGUUGCCUCUGCGUCCUGACUCGGGCUCUCGAUGCCAGGACAUUAAUGAAAUCAGCAUCAGAGCCUGUUCAGACUGCUCUGCAUACAUUUUUUGAAGGCGCUGCAGCUGAUUUGGAGAAGACGGUGGAAAAGCUUUCUGAGACUGUGGUCUCUGUGCCUCAGAGCAGGAGCCAGCUGUCUCGAGGAGCGACCAUGGUUCUUAACUACACAACCUCCAUUCUCCUACCCACCCUCACUUCCCUCUUCCAUCAUCUUGCUAAUCAAAACUAUGGCAUGGAUGUCUUGGUUGGUGGUAUUCAGGUGUCCUGUUACAGGAUCUUGAACAUCCUCUACUCUCUUGGAACCAGUAGCAGCAUCUAUGUGGAGGGGCAGGGGUCUGCAGUGGGCGCAUGUCUAGCGGCCCUGACUGAAGCUUUCCCUGUAUGCUUCCUGGAACCAGAUCUAAAUGAAAACAAUCCAUAUUCCAUCUUCAAUACCAUGAGUGCUGCUGAGAUAGGAGUAGAUCAUGGACUGCCAGAUCAUGUUGGGAACAUGUGUCCCCUACUGCCUUCUUUGGGACAAGCAUUGGAGGAAGUGGAAGAAUUGGCAGGUGCUGGAGCCCAGCAAACUCAAUACAUCCAUGUUGCAGAGGUCACUUUGCCCAUGUUGUGCAGCUACAUUUCCCACUGGUGGAAGUGGGGCCCAGAAGGCCAGCAAGAUAGUCCGGCCUUUACCUCUGUCAUUGCUCAGCAUGCCAGUGACCUACUUGGCUACAUCCUCCGAAUCAUCCACAACCAUGUGGGUGCUGACCAGGGGCACUGGAUGAAACAGCUUGCAGUUUUUUCUCAGCCAAUCAUAUGCAAAGCCCCCCCUGAGCUUUUGAAGAGCCACUUCCUGCCGCUGAUGGAGAAGCUGAGGAAGAGAACAGAAUGUGUUCUUUUAGAGGAGGAGAAGAUAAAAGCUGAGGGCUGUUGUACUUCUGAAGCAGAGUUGCAGAUACAGGAGAAGUACACAGUGCUCGUCAGAGACCUCUAUGCCUUCUAUCCCCUUCUCAUCCAAUUUGUGGAUUGUAAUCGAGCCAGAUGGCUGAAAGAGCCAAUCCCUGAGGCUGAGCAGCUGUUCAGUAUGGUGGCAGAGGUCUUUAUUUUCUGGGCCAAAUCUCAUCAUUUCAAAUGGGAGGAACAGAAUUACGUUGUCCAAAAUGAAAUCAACAACUUGCAUUUCUUGAUCUCCAGCGAGGAAGUGUUAAAGUUCAACAGUGAGAAGAGGAGGAUGAAGAAGAAGGGAGAUCUUUAUUCUACACACACCUCUCUUAUUGUGGCCUCCAUGAAGAGGCUGGUCCCUGUAGGACUCAGGGCUUGUUUUCUGAGAGACCAAACCUUCAUCAUGCUCGCUAAAAAUAGCUUUUCUCAGAAAAACAACGAAGAUGACAUCAGGGAGCACAUUUUGAGUGGCCUUUUACAUUUUCAGACACAGGCGUCAAACCCCAUCGGGCAGGGGGUCUUUCAUGCAGAGCACCAGACACAGCAGGCAGCCGUCACUGACGUACAAAGAACUGUGGACAGGAUUCUGGAAAUAGCUCGAGUUCUUUAUUACCUGGAUCAGGUGGAACACCCACAGAGAAGUAAAAAGCCUGCAUGGCUCAAGGUCUUAUCCAAACAGAGGAAACGCGCCGUGGUCGCCAGCCUGAGGAUGACUCCCCUUUACAACUUACCAAGGCAUCGAGCUGUCAACCUCUUCCUCCAAGGGUACAAUAAAUCCUGGAUAUCAACUGAAGACCGCAGCUUUGAGGAGAUGCUUGUGGAGGAUUUAGCUAAGCAGGGAGUGAUGACACUUUGUGAAGGUGACAAAAGAGAAAUGAAGGAUGUGGAAGAUGGAGCCAAAUCAAUCGAUCCGCUCCUACAACUCAUUACGCUUUUCAGUCGAAGCGCCCUGACGGAAAGCAGGCGUGGAAAUGACACCCUCUUCGAGUCCUAUGCUGCUAUUAUGGCAAAGAGCUGCUGCAGAGAGGGUGAGGAUGACGAAGAGCAGGAGUCAAAAAGCUUUGAAGAGAAGGAGAUGGAGAAGCAGAAGCUGGUGUAUCAGCAGGCCAGGUUGCAUUGUCGUGGAGCCUCUGAAAUGGUCCUGCAAACCAUUAGCGCCUGCAAAGGUACCAUGGACUCCAUGAUAGCCCCUACUCUGAAAUUAGGUAUUGCUAUUCUCAAUGGAGGGAAUCCCACAGUCCAACAGAAAAUGCUGGAUUAUCUAAAGGAGAAGCGGGAUGUUGGCUUCUUUCAGAGCACGGCUCAACUCAUGCAGUCAUGUAGUGUUUUAGAUCUAAAUGCAUUUGAGAGGCAGAACAAAGCAGAGGGAUUAGGCAUGGCCACGGACGAGAGCUCAGGAGACAAAGUGAUGCCAGACAAAGACAUAAUUUGUGACCUUUUCCGUUUCCUGCAGCUGCUCUGUGAAGGACACAACACAGAAUUCCAGGACUAUUUAAGAACACAAACUGGGAACAACACCACCGUCAACAUCAUCAUAUCAAGUGUGGACUAUUUAUUAAGGGUACAGGAGUCGAUCAGUGACUUCUACUGGUACUAUUCGGGGAAAGAUGUAGUUGAUGCACAGGGUCAACACAACUUCUCCAAGGCCAUCGAAGUAGCUAAGCAGGUCUUCAAUACGCUCACUGAGUACAUACAGGGUCCAUGUACUGGGAAUCAGCAGAGUUUGGCACACAGUCGUCUUUGGGAUGCUGUUGUGGGCUUCCUCCAUGUCUUUGCUCACCUGCAGAUGAAACUCUCGCAGGACUCGAGGCAGACUGAACUUCUGAAAGAGCUCAUGGAUUUACAGAAGGACAUGGUUGUGUUUCUGCUUUCAAUGUUAGAAGGCAAUGUGAUCAAUGGAACGAUUGGGAAGCAGAUGGUGGAUAUGCUGGUGGAGUCAUCUGGAAAUGUGGAGAUGAUUCUCAAGUUUUUCAACAUGUUUCUCAAACUUAAAGCUCUUACCUCGUCAGAUGCCUUCAGAGAGUAUGACCCUGACUGCAGGGGCAGCAUCUGCAGAAAGGAUUUCCACAAAGCCAUGGAAAACAGCAAGUGUUUCUCCCAAUCCGAGAUAUACUUCUUGCUCUCCUGCAUGGAGACCAAGGAUAGUGAAAUUGUGGACUAUGAGGCCUUCGUAGAUCGUUUCUACGAACCAGCUAAAGACAUUGGUUUCAGCAUCACAGUGCUUCUCACCAAUUUGUCCGAACACAUGCCCAAAGAUCCUAGACUGACUACAUUCUUGGAGCUGGCAGAAUGUGUCUUGACUUACUUUCAGCCCUGUCUUGGACGCAUCGAGAUCCUUGGCAGUGGGAAGCGCUUUGAGCGCGUCUACUUCGAAAUCAGUGAAUAUAGUCGAACGCAGUGGGAGAAACCACAGGUCAAAGAGUCCAAAAGGCAGUUCAUUUUCGAUGUGGUUAAUAAGGGGGGAGAGAAGGAGAAAAUGGAGAUGUUUGUCAAUUUCUGUGAGGACACCGUCUUUGAGAUGCAGCUUGCAGCCCAGAUAUCUGGCUCAAACCCCGAUGAGAGGUGUACUGAAACAAAGGAGGAGGAAGACGGUAACAGCAAAGAUGUGACCCUGGAGAUGAAGGAGAUGUUUUUCAUAUGCCAGUGGUGGCUGUUGCUGUCAUCCCUACUGUCUGUGAAAAACCUGAGGACACUGAUGAAGAUGACUCUGAAAGACAUCCUCAUGGCAGUUGUUCUAUUCCUCAGAUUGGUUUGCAUGGUUCAGGUCCAGUGCAUUUGUGCUGUCAUUCGCAGCAUCUUAUAUGUGCUGUACCUAGCCUUUGUCAAUAGUGGGCUCAUAGACGGAGCUAAAAGGAUGAAGAUGUCGGAUUUGCUCGGUGGUAUCCUUGAACCAACUCUCGAUGAAGUCAUGGACGUGCCAGGUGGUGUGGAUCAACUCCGGAAGUACUCGGCCAGUUUCUUGUCCCCUUCAGAAUUGAGAGAGAUUGGGCAGAUAUCUGCUGCGACCUCCCCCAGACAGGUGGAUGCACUCUCAGACAUAUUUGGCUUCAAAUUGAAGAAGGAUGGGGACCAAUACCGUCUUGUAGGGAAAGACUUCACUGCCAGUCUGACUGACCUGUUCAGCACAACCUCCAGACCAAGUGUCACUGCUGAUAUUCCUGAGAGUGUGGAUACCGUGGACACAGAGGAAACAAAUGGAGAUAAGAAAAUACCUGAAUUGGAAAGCAUUGAAAGGAAGAAUUCUGAGACAAAAACCAUCAACCUGAAAGCGGAGGCAAACUGGGGAACCAAGCAGAGGACUACUAGGCCGAAGGAACCACAGAACCAACAUUCUGCCCUUUGGGAGAAGAUAAGCUCAAAUAACAAGAGUCUGAUGAACAACUUUGCGAGGAAUUUUUACAACAUGCGCUUGCUGGCUCUGUUUGUUGCCUUUGCGAUCAAUUUUAUUCUUCUCUUCUACAAGGUUGCAUCCAAGGAUGAGGAGGUAGUGACCACAUCAGCUUAUAGGGAAGAACUGGACUUGGCUAAGGAAAACAGCGGAGGCAGAGUUUGUUUUGUGCUGGAAGAGAGCAGCGGAUACAUGAAGCCCGCUCUUCGAUUACUUGCGAUUGCCCACACCGUCAUCUCCUUCUGUUGCAUUAUCGGUUACUACCGCCUAAAGGUACCAUUACUAAUCUUUAAACGGGAGAAGGAGGUGGCAAGAAGGUUGGAGUUUGAUGGGCUGUAUGUGACAGAGCAGCCUCCUGAAGAAGACAUCAAAGGGCAAUGGGAUCGACUGGUCAUUAAUACACUAUCAUUUCCAAGCAAUUACUGGGAUAAAUUUGUCAAGAGGAAGGUGAUGGAUAAGUAUGGUGACUUUUAUGGCUGUGAGAAGAUCAGUGAACUCUUAGGUCUGGACCAAGCUGCUUUAAAUUUCAGCUCAGAGAGAAAAGACAAGAAAAAGCUCAAGAAAGACGCUGGCUGGAGCGCUCUCUUGAACUCCCUUGAUGUGAAGUACCAGGUGUGGAAACUAGGAGUUGUGUUCACUGACAAUUCCUUCUUGUACCUGACCUGGUACAUGACCAUGUCAGUUCUGGGUCAUUAUAACAACUUUUUCUUUGCUGCGCAUCUUUUGGACAUUGCUAUGGGUUUUAAGACGCUUCGCACAAUCCUUUCCUCCGUUACGCACAAUGGGAAACAGCUGGCCCUGACUGUAGGUCUGUUGGCAGUUGUGGUUUAUCUCUACACCGUUGUAGCCUUCAAUUUCUUCAGGAAGUUUUACAACAAGACUGAUGACAACGAAACCCAAGAUAUGAAGUGUAAUGACAUGCUUACUUGUUACAUGUUCCACAUGUAUGUGGGAGUUCGUGCUGGCGGAGGAAUUGGUGAUGAGAUUGAAGAUCCAGCUGGAGAUGAGUUUGAGGUGGAAAGAAUGGUCUUUGACAUUACAUUUUUUUUCUUCGUCAUUGUCAUCCUCCUAGCCAUCAUCCAGGGCUUGAUAAUUGAUGCUUUUGGAGAGCUCCGAGACCAGCAGGAACAGGUGAAAGAGGAUAUGGAGACCAAAUGUUUUAUAUGUGGAAUUGGAAGUGAAUACUUUGAUACUGUCCCACAUGGCUUUGAGACUCACACCCUGCAGGAGCACAACCUGGCCAACUAUCUAUUUUUUCUCAUGUACCUUAUUAACAAGGAUGAAACUGAACACACAGGGCAGGAGUCCUAUGUGUGGAAAAUGUACCAGGAGCGUUGCUGGGAAUUCUUUCCUGUGGGAGACUGUUUCCGUAAGCAAUGUGAGGAUCAACUGGGAUGAAAGGAAAUCUUAAGAGGUCAAAAGCCUCCCUGGAUUGUAUUAUUACACAGAAGCUGCCUUGAUUGUUUUCUUUGGAUUCACUAAAUUACCUUUAAUUUGUGUGUUUACAGUAGUCUAAUUUUAUCGUUGGAGUGAUUUUCCACUUUUUUCAUUUGUCAUUGAUUACGUUUCUUGGAAACAUAACAAUGACCAGCACUUCUUUAUGUUCUGAUUCAAAUGUGUUUUUGAUGCUUUGACAAUCGUGGGAAGAAUGUUACUCAUUUCACAGCUUUAAAUCUCUGAAACUAUCCAGAGUAUUGUGACAAUGCUGUGCCAUUCAUCAUUAUCUCUGUUGCUUCCCAUCCCUUCCUUCUGUGUGACAUCCUAAUAAACAAUCUCCUUUGGGCCUUUA